AGAAAAACCGGAUAAGCCUACGCAAAACGGAACAUCAACAACCAAAAUUCAAACACCUGUACAUAAAUCUUCAAAAAAAUCUACAUUCAGAAGAUCGUCUAAAAAAAUUGCAAGAAGUUCGACUAAAACAACCUCACCGUUUUCCGUGAAAACAACUGAAACACUUACAUCAACUAAUACAGAAACAGAAGAAAAGGGAGUGCUGGAAUUUGAAGUUAAAGAAACAAAAAGCUUCACAAAGGCUGUACAGUUUACAAGAAGACCUUUUCUUUGGUCAAGUACACAUAGCAUAACCUUAUCUAUCAAAGAAAAAGAAACAACAACACCUUCAAGCACCACAUCACCACCGGAUAUUACAAUUGCAGUGACUUCGUUCUUGACUUCAGUAAUAUCACCAUCAACUAUUACAUCGGUAGAGGAAGAGAAAGAAACGGGUGCGCUGGACUUUGAAAUUGUUAUGGAAACAAAACGCCUAACAAGGAUGCUAAAUUUGACAACUCUAACUAAAAGUAUUCUAUUAUCUCCGAUCUCCGAAACAAAAACAUCACCCUGCACUACACCAUUACCUACGUUUCAUGUAAAUACUACGAAACCUGCAACUGAGACUUUACUAAAAAUAUUUAGUUCGUUUGUGUCAACUACUGUUGAAGAAGAAAGAACUUCACUUGGUACAACACCAUCACCGGAUAUAUUACCCACAAUAAUUUCCUUCCUGACUGCCGUCACUUCAUCUUUCAUUACAUUUACUUCCGAAAGCAAUCCUAAUAUAUCAGUAUCACAGUUUAAAAUCAACAUUAUUGUAACUACUAUAAAGUCCGCAACUGAAUCUAUGUCGACAGAACUUAGUGCAAUUGAAUCUACAUCAUCACUAAAUAUCUCACCUACAAUAACUUCUUUUCUAACCCCCGUGACUUUAUCUUUAAUCACAUUCACUUCGGAAAGUCCUCCUAGUAUAUCGGUAUCACAGUUGGAAACUAGCAUUACUGUAACUACUAUGAAGUUCGUUACUGAAUCUGUACUCAAAACAGUUAGCGCAGAUCAAUUUCUUACCGUAGAAGAAACAAAAUCAUCGUUAAGUGUUACAUCACCACCACAUAUCUCACCUACAAUAACUUCUUUCCUAACUUCACAAUUAGAAACCAGCAUUAGUGUAACUACUAUGAAGUCCGCAACUGAAUCUAUGUCGACAGAACUUAGUGCAAUCGAAUUAUCUACAAUAGAAGAAACAAAAUCAUCGUUAAUUGCUACAUCAGCACUAAAUAUCUCACAUACACUAAUUUAUUUUCUAACUUCUGUCACUUCACCUUUAAUCACAUUCACUUCUGAAAGUCCUACUAGUAUAUCGGUAUCACAGUUGGAAGCUAACAUGACUGUAACUACUAUGAAGUCCGCAACUGAAUCUGUACUCAAAACAGUUAGCGCAGAUGAAGUUCUUACCGUAGAAGAAACAAUAUCAUCGUUAAGUGUUACAUCACCACCACAUAUCUCACCUACAAUAACUUCUUUCCUAACUUCACAAUUAGAAACCAGCAUUGUUAUAACUACUAUGAAGUCCGUAAAUGAGUCUAUGUCGACAGAACUUAGUGCAAUUGAAUUAUCUACAGUAGAAGAAACAAAAUCAUCGUUAAGUCUUACAUCACCACUAAAUGUCUCACCUACAAUAACUUCUUCUCCAACCUCUGUCAUUUCACAUUUAAUCACAUUCACUUCGGAAAGUCCUCCUAAUAUAUCAAUAUCACAGUUGGAAACUAGCAUUACUGUAACUACUGUGAAGUCCGCAACUGAAUCUAUGUCGACACAACUUAGUGCAAUUGAAUCUACAGUAGAAGACACAAAAUCUUCGUCAGGUGUUUCAUCAGCACUAAAUGUCUCACCUACAAUAACUUCUUCUCUAACCUCUGUCAUUUCACCUUUAAUCACAUUCACUUCGGAAAAUCCUCAUAAUAUAUCAGUAUCACAGGUGGAAACUAGCAUUACUGUAACUACUGUGAAGUCCACAACUCAAUCUAUGUCGAGAGAACUUAGUGCAAUUGAAUCUACCGUAGAAGAAACAAAAUCAUCGUUAGGUGUUACAUCGCCACUAAAUGUCUCAUUUAUAAUAUCUUCUUCUCUAACCUCUGUCACUUCACCUUUAAUCACAUUCACUUCGGAAAGUCCUUCUAAUAUAUCAGUAUCACAGUUGGAAACUUGCAUUACUGUAACUACUGUGAAGUCCGCAACUGAAUCUAUGUCGACACAACUUAGUGCAAUUGAAUCUACAGUAGAAGAAACAAAAUCAUCGUCAGGUGUUACAUCAGCACUAAACGUCUCACCUACAAUAACUUCUCUUCUAACUUCUGUCACUUCAUCUUUAAUCACAUUCACUUCGGAAAGUCCUCCUAAUAUAUCAGUAUCACAGGUGGAAACUAGCAUUACUGUAACUACUGUGAAAUCCGCAACUGAAUCUAUGUCGACACAACUUAGUGCAAUUAAAUCUACAGUAGAAGAAACAAAAUCAUCGUCAGUUGUUACAUCAGCACUAAACGUCUCACCUACAAUAACUUCUGUCACUUCACCUUUAAUCACAUUCACUUCGGAAAGUCCUAGCAUUACUGUAACUACUGUGAAGUCCGCAACUGAAUCUAUGUCGACACAACUUAGUGCAAUUGAAUCUACAGUAGAAGAAACGAAAUUAUCGUCAGGUGUUACAUCAGCACUAAACGUCUCACCUACAAUAACUUCUUUUCUAACUUCUGUCACUUCACCUUUAAUCGCAUUCACUUCGGAAAGUCCCCCUAAUAUAUCCGUAUCACAGUUGGAAACUAGCAUUACUGUAACUACUGUGAAGUCCGCAACUGAAUCUAUGUCGACACAACUUAGUGCAAUUGAAUCUACAGUAGAAGAAACAAAAUCAUCGUUAAGUGUUACAUCAGCACUAAACGUCUCACCUACAAUAACUUCUUUUCUAACUUCUGUCACUUCACCUUUAAUCACAUUCACUUCGGAAAGUCCUUCUAGUAUAUCAGUAUCACAGUUGGAAACUAGCAUUACUGUAACUACUAUAAAGUCCGCAACUGAAUCUGUACUCCAAACACUUAGUGUAGAUGACUUUCAUACCGUAGAAGAUACAGAAUCAUCAUUAAGUGUUAUAUCACCAUCACAUAUCUCACCUACAAUAACUUCUUUUCUAACUUCACAAUUCGAAACCAGCAUUGUUGUAACUUCUAUGAAGUCCGCAACUAAGUCUAUGUCGAGAGAACUUAGUGCAAUUGAAUCUACCGCAGAAGAAACAAAAUCAUCGUUAGGUGUUACAUCACCACUAAAUAUCUCAUUUAUAAUAUCUUCGUCUCUAACCUCUGUCACUUCACCUUUAAUCACAUUCACUUCGGAAAGUCCUUCUAAUAUAUCAGUAUCACAGUUGGAAACUUGCAUUACUGUAACUACUGUGAAAUCCGCAACUGAAUCUUUGUCGACACAACUUAGUGCAAUUGAAUCUACAGUAGAAGAAACAAAAUCAUCGUCAGGUGUUACAUCAGCACUAAACGUCUCACCUACAAUAACUUCUCUUCUAACUUCUGUCACUUCAUCUUUAAUCACAUUCACUUCGGAAAGUCCUCCUAAUAUAUCAGUAUCACAGGUGGAAACUAGCAUUACUGUAACUACUGUGAAAUCCGCAACUGAAUCUAUGUCGACACAACUUAGUGCAAUUAAAUCUACAGUAGAAGAAACAAAAUCAUCGUCAGUUGUUACAUCAGCACUAAACGUCUCACCUACAAUAACUUCUGUCACUUCACCUUUAAUCACAUUCACUUCGGAAAGUCCUAGCAUUACUGUAACUACUGUGAAGUCCGCAACUAAGUCUAUGUCGAGAGAACUUAGUGCAAUUGAAUCUACCGCAGAAGAAACAAAAUCAUCGUCAGGUGUUACAUCAGCACUAAACGUCUCACCUACAAUAACUUCUUUUCUAACUUCUGUCACUUCACCUUUAAUCGCAUUCACUUCGGAAAGUCCCCCUAAUAUAUCCGUAUCACAGUUGGAAACUAGCAUUACUGUAACUACUGUGAAGUCCGCAACUGAAUCUAUGUCGACACAACUUAGUGCAAUUGAAUCUACAGUAGAAGAAACAAAAUCAUCGUUAAGUGUUACAUCAGCACUAAACGUCUCACCUACAAUAACUUCUUUUCUAACUUCUGUCACUUCACCUUUAAUCACAUUCACUUCGGAAAGUCCUUCUAGUAUAUCAGUAUCACAGUUGGAAACUAGCAUUACUGUAACUACUAUAAAGUCCGCAACUGAAUCUGUACUCCAAACACUUAGUGUAGAUGACUUUCAUACCGUAGAAGAUACAGAAUCAUCAUUAAGUGUUAUAUCACCAUCACAUAUCUCACCUACAAUAACUUCUUUUCUAACUUCACAAUUCGAAACCAGCAUUGUUGUAACUUCUAUGAAGUCCGCAACUAAGUCUAUGUCGAGAGAACUUAGUGCAAUUGAAUCUACCGCAGAAGAAACAAAAUCAUCGUUAGGUGUUACAUCACCACUAAAUAUCUCAUCUACAAUAUCUUCGUCUCUAACUUCUGUCACUUCACCUUUAAUCACAUUCACUUCGGAAAGUCCUCCUAAUAUAUCAGUAUCACAGUUAGAAUCUAGCAUUACUUUAACUACUGUGAAGUCCGCAACUGAAUCUAUGUCGACACAACUUAGUGCAAUUGAAUCUACAGUAGAAGAAACAAAAUCAUCGUUAAGUGUUACAUCACUACUAAAUGUCUCACCUACAACAACUUCUUCUCUAACCUCUGUCACUUCACCUUUAAUCACAUUCACUUCGGAAAGUCCUCCUAAUAUAUCAGUAUCACAGGUGGAAACUAGCAUUACUGUAACUACUGUGAAGUCCGCAACUGAAUCUAUGUUGACACAACUUAGUGCAAUUGAAUCUACAGUAGAAGAAACAAAAUCAUCGUUAAGUGUUACAUCACCACUAAAUGUCUCACCUACAAUACCUUCUUUUCUAACUUCUGUCACUUCACCUUUAAUCACAUUCACUUCGGAAAGUCCUUCUAGUAUAUCGGUAUCACAGUUGGAAACCAGCAUUACUGUAACUACUGUGAAGUCCGCAACUGAAUCUAUGUCGACACAAUUUAGUGCAAUUGAAUCUACAGUAGAAGAAACAAAAUCACCGUCAGGUGUUACAUCAGCACUAAAUGUCUCAGCUACAACAACUUCUUCUCUAACUUCUGUCAUUUCACCUUUAAUCAUAUUCACUUCGGAAAGUCCUCCUAAUAUAUCCAUAUCACAGUUGGAAACUAGCAUUACUGUAACUACUGUGAAGUCUGCAACUGAAUCUAUGUCGACACAACUUAGUGCAAUUGAAUUAUCUACAGUAGAAGAAACAAAAUCAUCGUUAAGUGUAACAUCACCACUAAAUAUUUCAUCUACAAUAGCUUCGUCUCUAACUUCUGUCACUUCACCUUUAAUCACAUUCACUUCUGAAAGCCCUCCUAAUAUAUCAGUAUCACAUUUCGAAACCGGCAUUAUUGUAACUACUAUGAAGUUCACAAAUGAAUCUGUGUCGACACAACUUAGUGCAAUUGAAUUAUUUACAGUAGAAGAAACAAAAUCAUCGUCAGUUGUUACAUCAGCACUAAACGCCUCACCUACAAUAACUUCUCUUCUAACUUCUGUCACUUCACCUUUAAUCACAUUCACUUCGGAAAGUCCUUCUAGUUUAUCGGUAUCACAGUUGGUAACCAGCAUUACUGUAUCUACUAUGAAGUCCGCAACUGAAUCUGUACUCAAAACAGUUAGCGCAGAUGAAGUUCUUACCGUAGAAGAAACAAAAUCAUGGUUAAGUGCUACAUCUCCACCACAUACCUCACCUACAGUAACUUCUUUACUAACUUCACAAUUCGAAACUAUCAUUACUGUAACUACUAUGAAGUUGACUACUGAUUCUAUGUUGACAGAACUUAGUGCAAUUAAAUUAUCUACAAUAGAAGAAACAAAAUCAUCGUUAAGUAUUCCAUUAUCACGAGAUAUCUUACCUACAAUAACUUCAUUCUUAACCUCUGCUACUUCACUUUUAAUCACAUUUGCUUUCGAAAGUCAUCCUAAUACAUCGGUAUCACAGUUCGAGACCAGCACUGUUAAAACUACUGUGAAAUCUACAGCUAAAUCUGUAUCCACAGCACUUACUGCAGUUGAAUUCACUUCCAUAGAAGAAAGAAAAUCAUCGUUAAAUAUUAAAUCAUCACCAGUUAUUGCAACUUCAAUAAAUUCUAUGCUAUUAUAUGUGACUUCAACCUCAAUUACAUUUACGUCGUUAAGUUCUCUUAGUUCAUCGGAUUCCUACUUAGCAACCACAAUUCUUCUAACUGCUACGAAAUCUGCUCCUGAAUCUCUACUGAAAAUACUCAGUUCAAAUAUAUCAGUUACGACUAUGGCAAAGUUUUCAACUGCAACGUCAUCAUAUAUUACUGUUGUAUCUUCAUCUACCACUGAAGGGGAGCUAGAAUAUGAUUAUGAAGUUAUAAGGCAGUUAGUGACCGUGAUGAGAGUUCCUGUUAGCGUCUGUGAAAACUGUACAAUUACCCAGCCGACACCCAUGACAAGGGAGUUUCAUUUUUGGUAACACUUGUAUAAUGGAUAUACCAACAUUGUCUGUUAUACAUACAUUUAUUCUAUUUACAAUAUCUACUCUUAAAAUUAUUGCUAUUGAAACAAUUUAAAAUUAUAAUGUAUGAUUAUUA